AUGGAUGGACCUGCGCGGCCUAGAUUGACCUCCCCCAGCGACUUUCAGUUUGGGGCCGUAUCCACAGAGACGAUCGAAGACGCCCUGCUCCACCUGGCCCAGCAGAACGAGCAGGCUGUGCAGGAGGCCGCGGGCCGGAUGGGCAGCUUCAGGGAGACCCGGAUCGUGGAGUUUGUUUUCCUGCUGGCUGAACAAUGGUGUCUGGAGAAAUCUGUGAGCUACCAGGCUGUAGAAAUUCUAGAAAGGUUUAUGGUUCAGCAGGCUGAGAAGAUCUGCAGGCAAGCCACUGAGCAGCUGGGCAGUAAUGGGAAGACGGGGUCUCCGAACUGGAGGGUUCUCAAAGAGCAGCUCUUCAACAAGUUUCUCCUCCGUCUCGUGUCGUGUGUUCAGCUGGCCAGCAAACUUUCCUUCCACUACAAAAUAAUCAGCAACAUCACAGUCCUGAACUUCCUGCAGGCUCUAGGCUAUCCGUAUACCAAAGAAGAAUUGCUGGAGUCAGAGCUUGAUGUCCUCAAGUCUCUGGACUUCCAGAUCAAUCUGCCCACACCCCUGGCCUACGUGGAGAUGCUUCUGGAGGUUCUAGGCUACAACGGCUGUCUGGUCCCAGCCGCACAGCUGCAUCCUACCUGCUUGACCUUGCUCGACCUCGUCUAUCUCCUGCAUGAACCUAUAUAUGACAGCCUGCUGAGGGCUUCCAUUGAAAAUUCCACACCUAGUCAGCUUCAAGGGGAAAAGUUUAUUUCAGUGAAGGAAGACUUCAUGCUGUUGGCAGUAGGAAUCAUUGCAGCAAGCGCAUUCAUCCAAACCCCUCAGUGUUGGAGCCAGGUCGUGGCACAUCUGCAGAGCAUCACUGGCAUUGCCUUAGAGAGCAUCUCCGAGUUUUCUUACGCAAUCCUGACUCACAGCGUGGGAGCCAGCACUCCUGGGCGGCAGCAGCAGCCGGCUCCUCCCCAGCUGCCGGCCAGAGUGCUGAAGGCGGUCGCUGUCUCCAACACAUGA